AUGUUUGGCCAAGACUCGGUAAAAGAGGAAGAAGGGCACAACAAAAACCGCAGUAAAAAUAACUAUAAUAACAGUAAUAUUUCACACAAAAAUGGCAACGGGGAAGGAGGAGGACAUGGUGGCAUUCGAUCCUACAGUGAUAAGAAACAAGGAUACGAUCCGUUUUCUAGCCAAUUCCAUGAAGUAACUGUCGAUCGUAAGAAACAAAGAAGCAGAAAAUCGCGCAAGAAAUUCGGCAGUGCUGUAGCACAAGUAGAACCAGAAGAAGACGAGGAACUGACAACUGGGCUGGGUUAUAGUGGUGAUGCUGAUGGUAGUGGUGGGUAUUAUAAUAAUAAGACAGAACGACCGUCACGUGUUAAUAACAACAACGACAACGACAACGACAGUAAUAAGUUUAAAGGUAGUAAAUACUUGAGACCAAUUGCUUUUAGUAAACCUCGGAAACUGCCACAUAUAUAUAACCCGAAUAAAAUUGGGGAGCCUGAUUCCCCUUCAGUUGUCGUCUUUGAAGAAGAAGAUGAUAAUCGAGAACAGGAAGUAAUCGAGCAUAAAGAACAACAAUCAAUUAAUAAAAAUAAUUAUCAUCAUGGUCAAGACCAUUCUAACACAUUAUUAGAAAUAUUAAUCGGUAACGGACUUCAAAAUACUGGAACGAAGCCCGUAUCAGCUGCUACUGUGCUAAAAAAUAAUCUGGGCGGUACAUCAAGUUCUCAUCAAAAUUCCGAACAUAACCUGAAAUCAUUCAAAAUGGAAUCUGAAUUUUUCUCUUCGUAUCGAGAAUAUCAAAUCAAUGAUGAUAAGAAUGAUACUCCAUUAGUUGUAAAUAACUCUUUACAACAAAUUGAUACAAUCCCUAUGACAAAUUUAUUCGCACCAGUAAAUACUGAGAUCGAUUCAGCUACAUUUUAUACGAAUGAAGAACCUGGUGUCACUGGCGCUCGAAGAAUUGACGAUUCAUAUAUUUAUGAAAAUGAAGAGACUGAAAAAAAGAAAAAUAAUCGGCGAGCUCGUGCUAGACAACGGAAAGCACGUAAAAGAUUUUAUGUUGAACACAUGACUGAUUCUGAAGUUGACGAAGAGAACGAAGUGCUAAAUGAUUAUAUUGAAAACACUACUACCGAUGACUUUGAAUAUCUGAAAAAUAUACCUUUACAUGAACUAGAAGAAAAGAUCCAGUCCAUCAAUUUCAAUGAAGAUGGGGAAGAGGAAGAUUCCAACGCGAUUAAAACAGAUGAAAAAGAUAAUUGUUCUAGAAAGAAAAGUAAAAAAAAUAGGAAAUCUCUUCCUGAUUACGAAUUCGUCCCUGAUAGACACGAAAUCGGCUAUGAUUCGUGGGAUGAUGGUUAUUUAGACGAUUUAAAGAUUCUGCUGGAUGAUAAUGAGAUAGAAGGACCGCUUUAUAAAAAACGUGGAAAUCAAAAUCAGCGUGGUAUGAGAGCUAUAAGCAGUAAUGGGUUCAUGGACGAUUCUUAUAAUGCGGUUCCCGUUUUAGGAAGCUUUAAGUCGCGUCUUAAGAGAGCAAAGAACCUCGAAGGCAAACGCAAGAAAAGAGAAAAGAAGAAAAAAAGAAAAACUCGAGAAUCUUUUCUUGACGACGAAUUCGUCCCUAAUAGACACGAAAACGAAGGCAAACGUAAGAAAAGAGAAAAAAAGAAAAAAGGAGCACAGCGUCAAGAACCUUACACAGAGUUACUGGAUAUUCAUAGAAUGAUUGUCAACUUUAUUAAGGAUAACACUAUCAAGUCUUACCAUUUUCAACCUUACGCGCCUGCCGCUCGUCGCUGGAUACACAUUAUCUCGAGACAGUAUGAACUGAAAUCUAAAAGCAUAGGUGCUGGUGAGAGGAGACACACCAUUCUCCAAAAAACACCAGACACUAGAAUCCCACCAGAUCAAUCAUCAAUUACUGCGUUAGUAAAUCAAGGAAGGAUGCAACUUGUAGCCAUGUGCACAAACUUGAAUAAAGAGGAAAAGGAAAGAUUGAGGAAUAAAAUAAGGCAGAAUCUACCUAUCAAGGAUAAGAGUCGGCCUAAAAUUACGGCUAAGCCUAAACACGGGACUGUUGUCGGGGCUUCGGCAGCACCAUUGACAUCCGAUAAUAUUGGGCAUCGUAUGCUCUCGAAGAUGGGUUGGAAAGAAGGCACUACCUUAGGACAAAAUGGCGGCAUAUCACAGCCUAUUGAAACCGUUUUCAGACUCAAAAGAACCGGUCUUGGAUUGCCUGUUUGA